AUGAACAAAAAAGAAUUAUAUCUUGCCACCUCCAUGGAGGAGUUGAAAAAGCUUUCAGUAGUUAAUAUCCAGUCAUCGGCACCUGAAGUCCUGAAGCGUGAAAUGUCUUUAAUAAAAUGUCAGGCUAAUGAAGUUUGGGAGCAUGAUGAAGAGCGUGCCUAUGUACUGUUCAUGAAAUACUUUGAUUACUACGACAAGUUGAAACAAUUAACAAAUAAAAAAAGCAAUAUAAUUCUGAAAAAUGAAUUACUGUGCGCCAUUGAACGUGCUGAAAUAUUAGAUGCCAAUUUGCAGGCAAGAUAUAAAAAAUUACAUCAAUCAAGUUUAUCUGCAGUGAAAAAACCUGUUGAAUCAACAACUUAUCAAGGACCAGAUAAAUCUCCUUCCACAAUCAGCUCAUCAUGGAUACAGUCCAACGAGUUAGCCACAAUUAUUAAACAGCAACAGAAUUUUCUCAUUAUUGAUGUCCGUACGAAAUCUGAAUUCGAACAAUGUUGUAUUGCAUUUGAAAAUGUUAUCAACCUACCCUGUGAUCUCUUACAACGUGGAACUACAGUCAAUACUAUUUCAAAUUUCUUAAAAAAGAACAGUUUAUUUAAAAGACUUUGGGAAAAUCGAGGCGAAUUUAGUGGUAUAAUAUUAUUGGAUGAGAAUGGAGUUGAUUCUGAUCAUUGUGUGUUAGAUAGGAAUAGUUCUCUACAGAUCCUGAAAGAUGCCAUUUUUAAGUGGGAUGCCGAAAAACAGUAA